UGUGUCCAGAAUCAACCCGCAGCCAUGAGCAGCAACUCGCCUCCAGAACCCCAAGGAAAUAAAAGCAAGAGGUUCAAACUGGACAGCGGGGACGCAGGCACAGAGGGGUCCUCCAGAGUGAUCCAUAUCCAUGGGCUGCCAAGCAGUGUCACCGAAAGGGAGGUUCUGUGCCUCGCUCAGCCUUUCGGGGAGGUCUCCAAGUUCCUGUUUCUCAAGGAGAAGAACCAGGCCUUAAUGGAGAUGAACACACAGGAGGCCGCCAAGACCAUGGUCAACUACUACAACUGGGUGACUCCUGUGCUGCAUGGGCAGUCCCUUGAAAUCCAGCUCACUGACUACAGACAGCUCCAGGUGAGCAGCUCCCCGAGCCAGGUGGCUGCCCAGCCAGGCCUGCCAGCUGAGAACUCGGGCCAGGCAGAAUACAUGGCCUUGGCCACCCCCGCCGCUGCGGUGGACAUGGGGACAGCCGUGGCCAGACAGAGCUGUGUGCUCAGGAUCAUUGUGGAGAACCACUUCCACUACGUGACCUUGGACGUGCUGCACGAGCUCUUCUCCAGGUUCGGCACAGUUCUGAAAAUCAUCACAUACACCAAGAAGGACCGGUUCCAGGUGCUGCUACAGUAUGCUCACCCGGUGAGCGCCCAGCACGCCAAGGUGUUCUUGGAUGGGCAGAACAUCUUCGAUGGCUGCUGCACACUGCGCAUCGCCUUCUCCCAGCUCACCCACCUCACAGUCAAGUACAACAACAACAAGAGCUAUGACUACACACGCCCAGACCUGCCCUCGGGUGACAGCCAGCCCUUGCCGGUCCAGAGCAGGGCCGCAGCCUUCGGUGCACCUGUCAUGAUCUCAGCUACUCCCAUUGCAAGCACGGGAUUACCUCACAGCUUCGUAAUCCCUCAAGCUACAGGCUUUGCCAUGCCAGAAGUGUGCAGCACCCUGGUCCCCCAGGUCAUACCAGAGGUGCCUGUGGCCACGGCAGAAGCAGCAGCAGAGGCUGGAGCAGCAGGAGCAGCAGCAGCAGCAGGAGCAGCAGCAGCAUCUGGGGCAGAGAGCCCAGUGGUCCCCUCAAGCUCCUCGGGUAUGUGGAACUCUGUUCUCCUGGUUGCCAACCUCAACACCGAGAAAGUCACACCCUACAGCCUCUUUAUUCUCUUUGGUACCUAUGGCAAUGUGCAGAGGGUGAAGAUCUUGUACAAUAAGAAGGAGAACGCACUGGUGCAGAUGGCAGAUGGGAGCCAGGCUGAGCUGGCCAUGAGGCACCUGAAUGGCCACAAGCUGUACGGGAAGGCUCUCUGCAUCAUGCUGUCGAAGUACCAGAGCGUGAAGCUGCCCCGGGAGGGCAAGGAGGACCAGAACCUCACCAAGAACUAUGUCAACUCCCCACUGCACCGCUUUAAGAAGCCCGGCUCCAAGAACUUCCAGAACAUCUUUCCGCCCUCAGCCACCCUGCACCUCUCCAACCUACCCACCUCGGUCACUGAGGAAGACCUCAAGACCCUCUUCUCCAGAAGCGCUGGUGAGGUCAAGGCCUUCAAGUUCUUCCCAAAGGACCGCAAGAUGGCGCUGAUCAGGAUGGGCUCAGUAGAGGAUGCCAUCCAGGCUCUGGUCGACCUGCAUGGUCAUGCCCUAGACCAGAACCACCACCUGCGAGUCUCCUUCUCCAGGAUCAUUAUCUAG